AUGAGUUACGCCUAUCCACGCAACAUAGGACCUUCUACCCUUCCUUCUUUUAUACCUUCCAAAACGCGAACUCUUGAUCGCACGUGGGAUGAUCUUCCAGGGGCCGCAAAACGAUGGAUUGGGGAGGGCGCCAAUAGCAUUCGAACGGCAAGGCCCCGUAUCAGACACGAUAUGCAGAGAUCUGCGAUAGUCAUCUUCAAGCGCAUCUUUACAAUCAUCAAUGCUGUGAUCUUACUUUGGUGCUUCACGUUACGGUGGGGAGAGCGCACAAUCUUCCAAGAAAGUAUAGAUGCCUGCAUCUGGCAGAAUUGGGAAAGCUGGCCUCAAGAUGCAACGCCGCAUCACGUUGCCUUCGUCGCCGAUCCGCAACUAGUCGAUCCCCACACCUAUCCUGGCCGCCCAUGGCCACUCUCUACCUUGACCGUCCGUUAUACAGACCAGUAUCUCCGUCGGUCUUUUUCAACCAUUCAAAACAAUUUGGUUCCGGAUUCGGUUUUGUUCCUUGGUGAUCUCUUCGACGGCGGAAGAGAAUGGGCCACUGGCACGACCUCUAGCCCGGAAGAGCGUUACAAAGGAUACAAAGGUACUUUUUGGAAGGAAGAGUAUGGGCGCUUUGUAAAGAUAUUUGUGGAACCUUGGCUCAGGCAAACCGAUUCUCCCAUGGACGGUCGGGGUCGCAGAAUGAUCGCAAGCUUGCCAGGAAACCAUGAUCUGGGAUUUGGCAAUGGAAUACAAGAGCCCGUACGGGAUCGGUUUGAAGCCUACUUCGGCAAAGGUAACCGGGUAGAUGUCAUUGGAAACCACACCUUUAUUUCGGUGGACACGCCGUCGUUGAGUGCGAUGGACCAACCAAACCCCCAGACUGGCAGCUCCAGCUCAAGCUCCGUUGAUGAGAGUCUCCCUCCGCCGAUCUGGAAGGACGCAGCCGACUUUCUUAACAAGAUUCCCACAUACCGGGCCAAGGCCGAAAUGGAUGAGCUCAGGAUGCUGCGUAAAGAGCCCGAGGGCGUCAAAUUCGAUUACCGGGUCGUGGAUGUGGUGGAGUCCUCAAUCCAUGACAAUCCCCCCAACAACCCUCUGCAGCUCCCUGCUAUUCUCCUCACCCAUGUGCCCCUCUACCGCAAGCCAGCCACUCCCUGUGGUCCGCUCCGAGAGCGGUACCCGCCUUCGUCGGCCGAGGAGCUGGAAGAAGACGAACCCAAUUCACUGACACUUGGCGCUGGCUAUCAAUAUCAGAACGUACUGACCCCAACCAUCUCGAACGAAUUGGUUUCCAAAGCGGGCCCCAACGUUGUGCAGGUCUACUCUGGGGAUGACCAUGACUACUGUGAGCUGACCCAUCGAGAGUUCAACGGCUCGCCCAAGGAGAUCACUGUGAAGAGUAUUUCUUGGGCGAUGGGUGUUCGACGUCCUGGUUUUGUGAUGACCAGUUUAUGGAAUCCACUUGACCCUGAGACAGGCGAGUCCACGAUGAAGGGAUCUUCCCCAACGAUCCAAAACCACCUUUGUCUUCUCCCCGACCAACUCGGGAUCUUCAUGCACUAUGGCUGCGUUUUGUUGUUUAGCGUUGUCGUUCUGUUCAUGGCCUCUGUUUACCAUGCAUUUCUUACCCCUGGGUCAACGUCUUCCCCUACCUCACUCCUUCCCCUCUCUGAAACACGCCCGGAGUCCUUCAAGCGCCGGUAUCCCACAUCCGGUACGUCUAGCUCCACUCUAUCUGGUCCCGGCUUGGCCGGCCGUGGCAGCACUGUCCUGCCCCGUCGCUACUCCGGUGCCCAACCGCCCCAGAAUGCUUAUUGGGCCCUAGUUCAAGAUGAUGUUGCGACGACCACGCAAAAGGACAAAGGCCUUUACCGCCCAACACGGGCUCAUGGUUUCCGCCAAAAAUGUGCCCACACGACCCGAGAAUUUGUUCAUUCUAUCCGGGCGGUUGCUCAGGUUGUCUUACCUGUGUAUUUCUUUUUGAUCUGGCGCUGGUAG